CGCGCCAGACAGCGGCGAGCACGGGGCCAUUUGCAGCGCAGGCAGCCUCGCGAGCAGCCACGGCGCCGAGCCCGGAGGGAGGCGGCACCAUGGAGCUGAAGAAGGACAGCAACGCCGUGGCCAUCGACAUGCUGCUCAUCGUGCACUCUGAGAAGCGGCGCGCGGCCCAAACCACGCAAUUGGACUCUCAAGAGGACCCGAGCGCGCUGCUGCAAAACCGAGGAGGAUUCCAAGGUGUCAGAAAUGGAAUCCGGAAAUGGCAAGAAUUGGAAAGAAACGGCUUUCAAGGAAACUUGUCAGAGAAGCAAUGCCUUCAGCAGCCUCAGGUCAUCACUUCCUAUGACAACCAAGGUACUCAGCUGACGGUGGAAAUCCACCCCCAAGACGCCAUGCCCCAGCUACUCAAGAAGUUCUCUUUGGCAAAGCGUUUACAAGGUGACAAAAAUGGAAACAUGAGACCCCGGCAGCCUGGAGGGAAAGAUGCCCAUGCCUACCCCUGGGACAGGUCCAGCUUGAAAUCUAUGCCCCUGGAUCUGCGGCACUUUGAGAAACUUGAUGCCUCUGCCUCACAGGUAACAGUCAAGAGUGGCCUGGAUGAACUGGUGAGUGACUUGCUCCAGGAAGCCCACAGCGAUCUGGAAAAGGUCCGAGCCAUCUGGAUCUGGAUCUGCCACCACAUAGAGUACGAUAUUGAGGCUGCCCAAGAGAAGGACCGCCAAGCCUUCAAACCCACUGACAUCCUGAGGACCCAGAAGACCAACUGUGAUGGCUAUGCUGGCCUCUUUGAAAGAAUGUGCAGGAUCGCUGGUGUGCAGUGUGUCACCGUGCCUGGCUACUCCAAGGGCUUUGGCUACCAGACUGGACAAAGCUUCUCUGGAGAGUUCGACCACGCCUGGAAUGCUGUGUACCUUGAGGGCCGUUGGCACCUGCUGGACAGUACCUGGGGCAGUGGCCUGGUAGACACCACCACCUCCAAAUUUACCUUUCUCUACAACGAAUUCUACUUCCUCACCCACCCCGCCCUGUUCAUUGAGGACCAUUUCCCAGACAACAAAAACUGGCAAUUGCUGAAGCCACCUCAGUCCCUGAGGCAAUUUGAGAACAACAUGUACCACAAGAGUGAAUUCUACAACAAGGGUAUGCUGAGUGCCCACCCAGAGACGCCCAUGAUCCGGACAGUGAAUGGGAAAGCCACGGUCACCAUCGAGAGCUGUGCUCCAACCCUGUUCAUGUUCAUGCUCAACGGCAAGCAGGAACACGGGCUCCUGAGCCUAAAGAAGAACGGGAUGAAGCUGGAGGUGUACCCUCCAACCAUGGGCACCCACAAGCUACAGAUCUUCGCCAAAGGCAACUCUGAAAUCUACAGCUCAGUACUGGAGUACACGCUCAAGUGCAACUUCGUGGACCUUUCUGGGCGGCUGCCCGCGGAGCUUCACCAGCCCGUGGGCCCCAGUUGGUUCUCAGAGCAGAUGGGCAUCACGAAGCCCUCCCACCCCGACCCCAUCAUUCACACCAGUGAUGGUCGCUGUUCCAUCAGCUUUGGCGUGGAGGAAGGCAUCAGCGUCCUGGCCUCCCUCCAUGGAGAUGACGGCCCCGUCACCGAGGAGACACAACUGCGCUACAUCUUCCAGCUGAACCGAGAGAAGAGGACAGAGCUGAAAGUCCAGCUUCCCCAUGCGGGCAAGUUCGCCCUCAAAAUCUUUGUGAAGAAGAGGCAAGAACAAGGCAACUUCGUCUUUGUCUUCAACUACCUUCUGUGCUGCACCAACACCAAGGUGAACUGGCCUAUGUUCCCCGAGAGCUUCGGCAACUGGGGGCAGGGCAAUGAGCUAUUGGAGCCCCUCUCGGGCGUCCUUCCCGCCAACCGCAACGUACCCUUCAAACUAAAGCUGCAUGGUAUCGCCAAAGCGCUGGUGAAAGGGCAGGACACGUGGCCCCUGACCCUUAACCCCGAGGGAUACUGGGAGGGCAGCUGCAGCACCACUGGCUGCCAAGAAGUCUACGUCAUGGUGCUAGAGAACGCUAACCACAACUUCUACUCCUACAUCCUGAAGUACAAAGUGAAUGACCAGUGAAGGGCUAUAUACCCGCACCCUCCCAGGGCCAAGGCCACCCCUGCCUAGGGAGGGCCCAAGCGGGAGCCUGGGACACCACUAAUCUGCAUGAAAAUACUUCUAGGCCUCUGCCUCAGUCUCCCUGCUCUGCCAAAGGCAUUGAGGAAUUUGUGCUGCUGAGAGCUUCGACUCGGUGUGAUUGUGGAUGAGGGGACAGAGGCAAAGGCCCUUUAGAAGAAAAAGGUGCUAUGUAAAUCCAAGGUAUUGUGAAGUGUACGCCCGCGCCCAUGCCUGCUCUUGUGUUAGGACCUUGCUGUAGAGUUGGGUGGGAGAACAGAUGUUGCCCGCCCUGGAAGCUUUUCACACAGUGCCUAGAGAAUGAUGCUUGAGUUUGAGUCUACCAGAGAGAUCAGUCACCCAAGAAAUAGUGUUUGUCCACUGCUUCUGGACCCCAGGGAAUGUGGGACCCGCUCGUCUUCCAUAUUCCUAGUGCCUCUUCAUUAGCCACUUCACGCUCUUCAAGAGCUUGAGAGAACAGAGAUGUGGUAAAGGAGCUAGCUAACCAUCAGCCAACUAGAGGCUGUUCUCCCCCAAUCCCUGUGAGUCUCUGGGAGGUGACAAGGGCAGAAAACAGCCUCGUGCACACAGGGAUGUCCUGGGUGGGGACCAGAGAUGGAGUGGUGUCUUUGGGAGUCCAGCAGCCCACAAGUAAGGGUGGGAGAUCCCCCAUUCAUGUGCCUACCAGAGUUCAGCCCAGAGCCUAGGGAUGCCCCCAGCCUGAGCCCAGGCCCAUCAUCAGUUCCCUACAGUCUCACACGUCUGCAUGACCAGUCAGGAGCCUGGUUGAUGACUGUGAACCGAGACCUGAGUCCUGGGCAGGCAGACGAGUCCCAGAGAAACUUCAGCAGAACCAGGGACAGUAUAUGAUAAUAGAAUUCUGCUGCUUCCAGGACCCUUAUAAGCAAAACUAGGCUGAAAGGACCACCACGUGCCCCUGGAGAGAACGUUUGUGCCUGUCUCUGAGAGAGCCCUAUCAUAGCCAUUUUCCCUCCUGUCUUUCUCUGAGCUGACAACUCUGCCCUGACUUCAGCCUUCUGUUGGGAACAGUUGAGGGCCUCUUGCUUGCUCAGGCCUGUCCUAAAAAUCCUCAGCUGCCUAGCUGGCCCUCAGCAGCACCUGAGGCUGGUGUUUCCAUGGCAACGGCUGAGGGAAAAGCAGGCUGCAGCAGGCAGCAGGCAGAAAAGGCCUGAGAAAGGCCCCAAGAGGCCACUACAACCCCAUCCCAGUGUAGGGAUGCACUCCAGCAUGGUCUCCACCAAACUUCGGGGUUCUAGGUGUCUGCUCGCUCUGCCUAUCUCAGUACCCCCAUCCCUCACUUCUGAGAGCCACUCCACAUGUCCUCAGGCUCACCUGCAGCCAGAGCCAGCCUGGGAUGCUCAUAACCUCCUCUACAUGGCCCCGCGUUGGAUUCUGGGACUGUAGAGGUUAACAGGAAGGACUCAGCCAUAGCCGUCCAGACCUCUGGGUGGGUGUCUGCUGGGUGGGGCCUAUCUGAAGUUCCAGAACCCCAAAACUUCAGUCCUUCAGCCCCUUCCCCACAGGUCCCCCACUGCCACCCACCUGGUAUUAAGCUGGGUAGCCUCACUUGUGAUUAGCAUGGCUGCUGGGGCUGAGCUGCCCUGGGCUUAUGCCCUGGGUCCUCGGGCAGUUUUCACCUGUCAGCAUCUCGUCACUCACUCCUGGAAAACGCACAAAAGCCAGGGAGGCAUUGCCACUCUGCACCACUAGGCACUACUACAAGGUGGAGCGGAAACGGUGGCGUUUGCACAGCCUGGAAACAGCCUUUCCUCACCCCUUGUGUUUUAUGAGCAGAAAGAAGUGUGCUAUAUUUUAACAAAAUAUUAAGUGCUUCUGCGAUUCCAGCCACACACUAGACACAGCCCCGACUGCCACUGCUAGUCCUGCAGAAAAUGAUACCCAUGUUUUUCAAAACAGUAUAAUUAAUCCACUCGGGAGCUCGUAGAGGAUGCUACCCCCAAAUAAACAGGAGCUGUCCUCAGGACCAGAGACCCAAGCCAGCCUCUCCCGGAGCGCGUGGGUCAUCCACACGCCCCUCCCUCCUCAUUUAACCAGGCAGCCCCUUUGUCAAGGCAACUGUAAGAACACUCAGAAAAACGCCUGCAUUUCUUUCCACUGAAGUAAAGAUACAUGAAACUAAAUCCAAUCUUCAUGAAUUUUUACACGCAUGCUGCCCAGGCUGAAAAUUUGGAGGUUGCGUUUUUGAAGGCUUUUUAUUCAAAUCCCCCUCUUUGUCUCCGAGUCCACGAGUCCCAGUGACCGAUCGAAUGGCACGAGCGCCCCCUGGUGGUCAACAUGCGAAGUCGACACCGCUGCAAACCCUCAACCGUUAAAAAUCACUAGGUGCUUUUCUCAUCCCUCGUGGAUACGCCGAGGUCAGCGUUGCCAUGCAAACUGUGAGAAGAGCCUGGGGAGACUUCCUGGCUGGCAUGGUGAGAAAACACAGAAUGUGAUGAGAAUUAAGAGUGUUUCGCCCAGAAAUCUUUUCCUGAGACAGAAACCCUGGACACAAGCCUGCCUGGCCGAGGUCGCUUUGAUCACCACACUCAUUGCUAUGCCAAUGACAGGGUGAAACUGAUCACACUCAUCACUGUGCCAGGCAAGCCCCAGGAAGGGUGCCAGGGUGCAGAAGGAUGGGGCGUGGUGGGGCAAAAGGGUGCAAUUAACCUCUUUCCAGUUCGCUUCGGAAGUGCCACCAGCUCAGCUGGACUGCUCUCCGGCUGAUUGUGAAUAUUCUGAGUUCUCCAUAUGUCUCAUUGUCCCACCAGGAUGGACUUCUCACAGCCCACCGAGAUUAAAGAGACGUAAAUAGAUUAAGUGAAGCAUGAAGGAUUUGAGCUAGACAUAAAGAGCCGUUUCCUGUCGUGAAACAGGGGGGCCACGUUGCCAAUAAAGUCUGCGAGAUUCUCAAAGGACUUGAAAAGGAGAAAAGUUUCCCCAGUGUUCUGGAGUUUUCUUUGCCCAUGGUUGGGUUCUCUCUCCACUAAUUCUUGAACUACACUGGUUGACCUGCAGUAAACACGGGGUUAAUGGUGUGACCACCUCGCUCCCGACUGUCAGAUUUCCAAGGCUCUUUAUCUGCGGUCUGCCAUUUCUUUUGGAGUAAGCACCUGAAGCUGCAGAGGUGACUAAUCCUUCUAACACAUACGCUGGGUUGUGUGGGUCGCUGCCUGUUGACGCUCUCCUCACAUUGUUGCUGGGGUUGUUUUUCAAUAAAAUUUAUAUUCAUUUUUAU